AUGGAGCUCUGGAACUCCACCUUGGGAAGUGCCUUCAUCUUGAUGGGGAUUCUGAAUGACAGCGGGUCACCCAAACUGUUCUGUGCUGUACUCACAGUCCUGUACAUGUUGGCCGUGACCAGCAAUGGCCUGCUGCUCCUGGUCAUUGCAAUAGAUGUCCAACUCCAUGUGCCCAUGUACCUCCUGCUUGGUCAGCUCUCCCUCAUGGACUUGCUGUUUGCAUCUGUAAUUUCUCCUAAAACACUUAUGAAUUAUCUGCGUGGGGAGAAUACCAUUUCCUUUGUGGGUUGUACCUUUCAGUUAUUAGUAGUCCUGACUUCGGGAGGUGCAGAGGAUCUUUUACUGGCAUUCAUGGCCUAUGACAGGUAUGUAGCCAUUUGUCAUCCUCUGAACUACAUGAUCCUCAUGAGGCCAAAGAUCUGUUGUCUCAUCAUAGCUACAUCCUGGAUCCUGGCAUUCCUAAAUGCUGUGAUACACACCUCAUACACCAUGCACUUUCCUUUCUGCAUGUCCCGGGAAAUCAGGCACCUACUCUGUGAAAUUCCACCUCUGCUGAAGUUGGCUUGUGCUGAUACCUCUAGAUAUAAGUUCAUGUUGCAUCUUACAGGUGUGAUCUUCUUGAUUUCUCCCCUCUCUGCUAUCCUUGCUUCCUAUACAUUCAUCCUAGCUGCAGUGCUCCGCAUGUCCUCAGGUGAGGGAAAGCAGAAAGCCAUCGUCACAUGCUCUUCUCAUCUGACCGUGGUGGGAAUGUACUAUGGAGCUGCCAUGUUUAUGUACCUCCAGCCCAGUGCCUACCAUACUUCUCAACAGGACAACAUCUUCUCUAUAUUUUACAGUGUCAUUACUCCAGUACUGAACCCUCUUAUCUAUAGUCUGAGAAACAAGGAGGUAAUUGGGGCCAUCAGGAGAGUAUUGGGGAGAUGCACUUCUGUCUAG